AAUUCCAAAGGGAAAGAAAACGAACCCUCCUCUUCUUUCCUUUCCACAACUCUCCUCUCAUCCCUACCAUCCGUUCAAUUGCCCUCUUUCCUUUGAAUUAACUUUGAGUCCACCCAAAGCGAUUAGGAUUCCAUGUGGGUUUUCAAUUUUCUUCUUCCUCCUCCUCUUUUGUGAUUUAGUUUUAUCCAUCAUGGCAUUGAACUAUUGAGAAUAGUCAUUCCUUCAAGUUUCUGAUAUGGGUGUUUGUCACUCCCCUGGUUCUCUUUGUCUUGUGUCAUCUUAAUUGCUUCGAGGUCGUGGGUCUUUCAGGUUCCCCUUAUUUUUGCUUGUCUUGGUCUUGUUGAAGAACUUGGGGUUAUUUUUUGCAACACUUGUGGGUACUUGUUGAUUUUUAUAUUUAGCAAAUGUUAGGUUCAGGGAUGAAUUUGAUCACUACAAUUAUUGGGUUUGGUAUGAGUGCCACUUUUAUUGUAUUUGUUUGCACAAGAAUAAUAUGUGGGAGGAUUCGAGCGUCUGAAUCCCGGCAAAUGUUCGAGAUUGAGUCCAGGAUUGACCUUGAACAGCCAGAACAUCGGAUUAGUGGCCUUGAACCAGUGCUGGUUUCGGCUAUUCCCACCAUGAAGUUCAGCCGUGAGGCAUUUAGUUCUGUGGAAGAUGCACAGUGCUCAAUAUGUCUGGGAGAAUACCAAGAAAAGGAAGUAUUGCGUAUCAUGCCCAAAUGUGGUCAUAACUUUCAUCUAUCUUGCAUUGAUGUAUGGCUAAGAAAACAAUCUACAUGUCCAGUUUGUCGGUUCCCUAUACAAGACUCUUUGGAAACCAAACGUUUGAGACAGUCUGCAAUAAGUAUGGUUCGAUCUAUUGAUAGUCCUGAGACCUCAACUGAACACUCUCGCCAAUGGCUACUGCCUGGUUCUGACCGAUCAGUGGGGAAUGCUAGUCACCAACGGCAUCCGGACACGGUUCCUGGAAACCCAGAAAUUGCUUCUGGAGAACAACAAACGAGGCAUUGAUAAAGAAAAGAAAUCGGGUUUAGUUAAGAUAGCAAUAUAUUCUCUUUGUUUGAUUCUCUUUGCAAGCUAUCUUAAUUAGAUGUGUUUCAAGCUAACUUGUACACUUUUGGAGCCUUGAAUUUCCUUGUUGAAGAUUCUUUUUAAUAGAAGGAAAGGUUUUUUCUUUACUA